AUGUAUAAAGUGGGUCACUCAUCAGUACCCCGUUCAACGUUGGUUUAUAAUGGACGUCGAAAUGUAUCUGCUCGAUCAGGGAUUUAUGAAAGAACACUGAACCAGUAUGGUGCUGAGGGUGAGAAACCGUGCAGAAAUGAAAUGAAUAUGCAAAUUCCAGCACUGUCUAAACGGAAUCAUAAUCGCAUGUCACCAGAUGCUACGAAACGUAUAAAUAUGGAAACAGUGUCGGUUUUAAUGAAAGCAACCGAAGAAUUUCUUCGUACUCCGGACGGUCAUCCCGAUAAAACCAUUAAGCAUUAUCGACCAAAGAGAGAGCUGCCAGAAGAUUUCGUGCCCUUCGAUGUGGAAGGUUAUUUAACGGAGCGUUUUCUAAGAGAUGUUAACUUGGAUCCAAAAAUCUUGAAUGGUUUUUGUAAAUAA